GACAGCGUAACAAGUAGAUCAUACUCAUUCCAGCAAGUCAAAGAUCUGAGCAGACGUUGUGCCUCGGCGCUAAACAAGAGAGGCUUCAAAAAGGGCGACGUAUUUGCGCUGUUUUUGCCAAAUGUGCCACAAUUUCCAGUCGUUUACUUCGGCGUAUUACAAGCAGGAGGCGUGGUUACCUCGGCUAACCCGCUUUUCACGACAGAGGAAUUGGCUAAACAACUGAAACAAGCCGAAGCCAAGUGGAUACUGACUGUGCCCCAGUUGGUGCAUCGGGCAAAAGAGGCCAUGGGGGAACUGGGGCGAGAAAACGUUUUUGUGGUUGGUGACGUGGAUGGGUGCGAGUCUGUCUCAGUACUUCUCAAAGACGAUGGUUCAAGUGUACCCGAGGUUACGAUCAGCCCCAAAGAAGAUGCAGCAGUGAUUCCCUUUUCCAGUGGAACUACUGGCCACCCAAAGGGAGUUGUCCUGACCCACUACAAUCUCAUAGCGUGCGGGAGUAUAAUGCGUGCUAAGGGUUUCCUGAGCUUCGAUGAGACGACUGUUCUUUUGGCAUUUCUGCCAUUUUUCCAUAGUUUCGGUAUGGUCGCCAAUAUGUCGAUGGGACUUCAUUCCGGCAGUUCCCUUGUCACUAUGCCGCGUUUUGAACGAGAAAAGUUCCUUAAAGCUCUUCAGCGGUUCGAGGUUAGUUAGAUGAGUGUUGCCUAACUUAAUCUUCCAUAGGGUUAGGUUUCCGAAAUAUGUUAGUUCUAAAAGACACUGAAAUGUGGUGAAAUAAUGUGCAUCUGCUGCAUGAAGGAUGGUAGUUUUGGAUUUCCUGCCGUGAGAAAAAACUAAUGAAACACUUCUGCUAGCAUUUUUUUUUCGCAAGCAUAUGUAAAAAAAAGCCAAAACAAUCAUAAGGUUGCAAUCGGAUUAGAUACCCUCUACAGCCUUUAUUCCAUGCUCCCUCUCAUUAUUCUUGGUUUGCAAGCGCGACAAGGCGGCCAUGGCGGUGGUCAAUACAAUAAACAGGAUAGGAAUAGGCCUAUUAACAGUUUUCAAAGUUAGAAUGACAGAUUACCUCGCCAAGAAAUGUUUUAGUGGUGAAAAGGUUAAACAAAAUUCUUCUAACGUACUUCUUAUUUUUUUAAGGUGACGCACUUAUCCGUGGUACCCCCCGUGGCGCUUAUGUUAGCUAAACAUCCGGACGUUGACACCUUUGAUUUAUCGUACCUGACCGAAAUUACUUGUGGGGCGGCUCCCCUGGGACGAGAAUUGUCCAAAGCGCUGAUGGACAGACUACCCCUACUGGGUAGUGUUAGGCAAGGUGGGUAGCCUGUGUGACGAAGAAGAAAUAAGAGAACUCGGGUGUUUACCAUUUACACAAACCACCCGGGUGGAAAUCCUGUGCAUAGAUUGAAAAGUUUAAGUGUGAACAAAAUUUGCUCGAGGUGGGAGAACAAACCGCUACAAAGUAUAUCCAAAUCAGCUGAGCAGCCUGAAAAGAAUAGAAAAUUGUAUCACCACAAAUCACAGCCCAUAUUAUCUGAAGCUACCUAAAAGAAAAUGCGCGAACCAUUUGAUUUUCCAACCGGUAUUUCCGGCUUUCCUGUGUAAAUGGUAAGCAUUUACCGUGUAACAAGGAUUGUGAGGUACAAAGUUAUAAAAUUACACAAGAUUCGGAUACCCGUCGUGACUUCGCCCUGGUCGGGAAAUUAUUACAAAAGUAUUAGUUAAGAUCCUGAUAAUUCAUUUAUCGGCGCAUCGAUCUCAAUUCUUUACAUCACUCAACCUCUCUAUUUUCUCAGAAACGCUGUUGGAAAGAACACUUCAAAAUGCGAGCAAAAUAACAGCGCGGACGACGAGAAAAAAAGGGCGAGGAUCUUGACCUCGGUGAAGGUGCAAACACCUCUGGAGGGACGAGGAAUUUACUUUUUUUUGAAAGUUGCUUACAGUCUCUCAAGCCGACAUACCAUCCCGCUUUUAGAUGUUUUGCCAUUCAAAUGUAACCAAAUGUAUUCUUCUCCCAAGAUCUUUUGUAUACUUUGCUUCCUCGCACAACUCCUAGAAACUGACAGAUACGAAGACCACCAUGCAUGUUUGUUUUUCUUCCACUACUUCCGACAGGUUAUGGUAUGACGGAGCUCAGUCCAGUGUGUCACAUGACCCCAGCUGGUAACGACAAACAUGGUUCUGUGGGGGUCCUUCUGCCAAACUUGCGAUGUAAG